AUGGCAACCGAUUCGAGCAACCGUCAAGGUGUAAGGGCGGUCGCCACAACGACAACCGAUCCGCAACGAAGCGAAAAACGCGCCGUCGCGGCGCGAGGCGCCGCCGGUGCUCUAGCCCUCAGUAUUCUGGCCGUGGUCCUCCAAUCGGCGACCACCGCGACCCCCACUUGGGGAUAUUUCACCAAUCCUGACGCAGCCGAGAAGGGGUACUUUGGUCCAUGGAGACAGUGCAAGCUUCUGCUGUACGGUAGAGAAAGAUGCGGUCAAGGGGUCUCCAGGUUCCAGCCAGUGUUGGCUGUGUGGGUGGCAGGAUUAGCCGCGGCGACAGCCUCUGCCCUUUUGGCGCUCCUGGUCGGGCUUGCCGUGCUACAACUGGCGAUGGCUUCCUCGGCGAAACGAGUUAUUAUCUCGUACAGCACUGCUCUGAUAGGGAAAGUAGCCCUCGCCACAUUGGCCACUUCGUUGGCAAUCGUAGCAGCCAGUCUGUUUGCCCUACAAACCGACGACAGAGCCAGCAGCUUCGUUAUCACGAGGGGAGAAGCGUUUUACAUGCAGUUGGCAGCCAUCGCCCUGAACUUCGGUGUGCUGGUGACCGCGGUGUACGAGGGUAUUUAUGCUCGACGAGGCGGUGACCCGACGAAGAUUAGGGUUGUCGGUGAUCCUCGUGCAGCCACCAUAAAUAAUCCCGGCUACCGGGAACAUCAACCCACGAACGGUGGCAGCAUCUCGAUGACCGACGCCAGUGGCAAGCCUUACGUCGGCGGAGCCGGAAACGGCUCGAUGGCGUCCGUGGCGACUUCCGGAAGCGUGACGAGCACGGCUUCGCCGCUUCGCAGCUCCUUGAAGAAGCCAAAACCGCUGGGUAUUCACAAUCCCGGCUUCUCAGCGCACAGCCCAACGCUUUCGAGGAACGGCUCGCAGAAGAAAGUGCGAAUUCAAACGCACUCGACGGAGGUUUAAGCGUUGCUCGUUCCGCGAAUUUCGGCGAGGACGCGAGCCUCGAUCAAUUUUUCUUUGUCCACGCCUCGUCGAUCAAGCAUUCCCGCGAAACGAAACGAAACGAUACGAUACGACAAUUCGCUCGCGAACGAGACGAGGCAAGUUCCACGGACUUUUUCUAUCGCGAAAGCGGACCACGGCUCCGCGAACUUUUUUACCAGCUUUUCAAUACUCCCGGAGAAGGUAGCGAUGCUUGUCGAACUCGACUAUCCCGCCUUGUUUCCGUUUUUCGCACACUUUUCCACCGAAACACCGAAGGUGUCUAACCAGCGUCUAUCCGCGAAUACUCGUUCGCUCUCUGUAACCGAAAUUUCGUUUCGCUUGAUAUUUCGUUGACGAAGGUUCUUUCAUUGACGAAGAAUAUCAUCGAGACGGAUAAAUAAAUUGUAAAGAUAGAGCUAUAAGGUUGUGGAUAAGGAACGAGUAUAUAUCGGUGUAUCGUUGGAAGCCGUAAGUCCUCGACGAUUUCUCGGUCUGGUCGAUUAUUCGAGGACCUCCGGGGAGACGCCUGGUCGAGGAGGAUCGAAAGCACUCCGUCGCGAUGUCGGAUUAAAAAGUUGCGAACGAAAGGCCCGAUAGUCUUAUCGCGUGAUGGAAGGGCGACCGUGAGGACGUAGGAAAUAAACCCUGUCGAAAGUGAUCGAGGAACUGGGGAGGGAAAUUGCUCCGAGUACAAUUUCCAAUGGCGUCGUGACGUCUUCGAGAGCAUUGUAACCUUCGGCUCAAGGCGCCAGCGUCGUCUGACGUACGCCGAUAUUUAUGGCUGCCGUGACAAUACUGAUUUAAAGGGGACCGUGGAGGUUACGACCCACCCCCGCAGAAUUUUCUCCUCGAUCCGCUUCACGAGAGCUUUCGACGGUGCCUUGCGCGUGGUUCCUUCAUUUUAUUUCUUUCUUUCUCCUUUUCUCGCGAUCGCGUUCUUCAACACGACCGCGAGGUUGUAAUUUAUCGAGGAUUUUUAAGGUUUUUACUUUUAUUUUAUUUUAUUUUAUUUUAUUCGAAAUUGGUAUUAAAUUGGAAGUCGCGAUGUGUUAAAGAUAUCCGAGACGCUGACGGAUUUAGAGCGCUCGAUCGGUCGAGGAUCGAGAGAAUCAGCCAGUCGUGUUCGGUGAGAUUACGAUUUAAGUUCCCAGCGGUUCCAGCCGUGAACAAGAAGAAAUUAACCCUUUGCGGUCUGGUUGCUUCACGCAAUAGACUGUCGGGAGGUCCGGCCUGUUUCAGAACCGUAUCGAUUACUCGGACGAGGUAAUUUUUUUAAGUACUAUGAGAACUAGAUACCAGAGGAAUAUACUCCUCUGUUUCUUUUGCAUUUCAAAAUC